AUGGAGAAGUUAAAACUAUCGGCAUCUGAGGAAAAAAGAGUCCGGCAGCUUUUAAGUGAUGAGGAGCUGGGGGAUAGGCGACCCUCACAAUUUCUGAGGCACCUCAAGUCUCUCACGGGGGACUCACUUCGUGACGACGAAGGCAUACUUCGCCAACUUUGGAUGCGUCGCCUCCCCACUCAUCUUCAGACCAUAUUAGCUGCACAGGAUCUUCCAUUAGAGAAGGUAGCGGAUCUAGCUGACCGCAUUAUGGAAGUAUCUCCUGCAACACCACUUGCUAGUUCCACCUCAGUUGCUGGUAUAUCACCUCAGCCUAUUACAUCAUCUUCAAGCGUCGACCCAUUUGCCAUUCUUUCUCAGCGUAUCGACCAACUCACAGAGCAGGUAGCUUCAUUGACAGCCUAUCAGAGACAGGGAAGUCGGUCCAGGUCUCGGACUCCACAAUCACGUCAAAGUCGCAGUAGGAGCCCUCAACCUAGGACAUGUUGGUACCACCGUACAUUUAAAGAGAAGGCGCUACACUGUACUACUCCUUGUAACUGGCAGCACGAUUCAUUUUUAAACACGAACGGGAGUCAGUAA